UCACUGGCCCGCUCUCACUCUGACUACAUUCACAUUCACCUGUUCCGUUCCGUUCCGCUCCCCUUCUUUCCAACUUAAUUACGUUCACGACCGUUUUUUAUUUUGGUUAGCUUUAGUUGCUGUUUUAUUGUGACUUGAUACAAUUGGCGCCAAUUUCAAAAACUGCCUAUAGAGUUGAUAUCCUCUACAAAAAAAAAACAAAUCUAUGAAAACUUUCGAAAAAAACCCAAAACCAAAAUAAACGAAUUAAAUAAAAAAAAAAACGUUUCGGUGAUCCGUUGACCCGCUAACCCCUUCCGCUGGUGAAACCCGACCGACCGACCGACCGACCCCCUUGUGCUCGUGAGACUCUGAUGGCAGCAAGCAAAUUCCCCUCCAGUUCAAAAACAGCCGCCACUCACUUCGAAGCGACAUGUGCGAAGAUCUCGGCCUUUUAUUUUGACCUGGACAAUACAUUAAUACCCACAAGAGCCGGCGAUUCAAAAGCCAUCAGAAAGCUCGCAGAUGUUUUAGAGUCGCAAUACCAAUUCAAUAAGGAUGACGCCGCCCAGGCCACCCAAAACUUUCUCAAGGCCUUCCGACGUUGCCCGGACAACUCGCAGACCUCGCUGGAUUCGUGGCGCACCCACUUGUGGCGGGAAUCGUUACCCACGCGCCACAAACACCUCGCCGAACAGAUCUAUCCCCAGUGGCUGAGACUGAGGUAUCGCUAUCUGGCCGUUCCACCGGAUUAUGUCCAGUUACUGCUCCGUAUGCGACAAGCGGGCUAUGCCCUCGCCCUGAUCACGAACGGACCCUCGAAUGCCCAGUGGGAGAAGGUGGCCAAGCUGCAUGUCCGGGGCUACUUUGACUGUGUCCUCGUCUCGUCCGAUCUGCCGUGGGAGAAACCGCAUCCGGAGAUCUUCUAUGCGGCCUGCAAUUUCCUCAAUGUCAAGCCGCACGAGUGCGCCAUGAUUGGCGACAAGCUGGAAACAGACAUCAAGGGUGGACACUUGGCACAGUUGGGACUUACUUUCUGGACGCCGCUGAGCAGCAGCAGUUCGGCCGCCCAGUCCCUGGAGGAUGUGGAGUACAGGCCGCACGUGAAGCUGGGCAGUCUGCUGGAGAUUUACAAGUACUUCCCGCGCCUGAAUGCCGUUGUACCGCCGGACACGCCCACAUCCUUGCGUCGGCGGGGCAGCCAGAUGAGCGGCGGCGUCACCGGCAGCGGUAGCAGUAGCAGCAGUUCCAAUACCAACUCCAGCGGAAGCUGCGAACCCUGUGCCGGCACCUCGCAUCAUCAUCAUCAUCAGCAGCGGCACCACCACCAGUGGGUAUAUCGGCGAGGUGGAUCCCUGCCGGCGAUGGAUUGCUCCAAUAGCGAGGCGGAGAACAGCUGCGACAGCUUCCUGUAAAUUAAAUCGAAAAGCAAAAAAGCAAGAUCCAGGAUCAGGAAUCAUAAUGGAAAAUGUACCUUCAGUUUACAAAACUACAAACAAACAAAAAAAUAAAGCAACCUAUGGAAUAUAAUUAGAGAUGAGGAUGCACGAAGAGAUCAGAGGAAAAGAGAAAGAGAGUUGGAAGAAAGGACAUUAAGUCUAAGCUCUGGUGGAAGAAUUGGAAACGCAUGCAGGAAUUUAAAGUUCAACUAUUAGCGGGAAAGGCCCGGAGUUACUGGUGAAUCUCGAUAUCUGCCAUUAAACUAAAAUUAAGGCUAGAACAGAAAAUAUAUAUGAAACAAAAAUAAAAUAAAAUUAAAAUUAGCUAACAAGAAAAUGGACAAAAAAAAACAAAAUGAAUAAAUAUUGAAAAUGUAGACAGGAUAAUAGCGAACCAAAUGUAUUUUUCUAAGCCAAUUUUCUGUCACAUAUUCUUUUUUUUUUGUAAAUUAAUACGACACUUAAGGCAACAACUGAAAAAACUAAAAACAAAUCAAGAAUUAUGGAAAUGAUAUUGUAAACUAAACCAAAAUCAAAACCAGAAAUCAAGCCACACACACCACACAAAAAAAAAACAACAAAAAACCUUUUUUUCAGAAUGAUAUGAUAUGGAAAUGUAUGUGAAAAAAAAUUUAAAAAAAUGUUAACUAUUGUCUUAGUCGUAGAUUUUAGCUGAUACCAUUAGUUUAGCUGCAGGUUCGAAUCUCAUCUUGAUAUUUGAGCUUAAUGAAUUGUUAUUUGCAAAGAAAAUUGCAAAAAAACCUCUUCCAAUAUCCCCUAUAUAGUCCCCGUACCUUGAGAACCUCUUCCAAUAUCCAUUCCCUUCACAUAUUGUUGGUUAUUCCGCACACCCACUCACUCGAUCGAACCACACUGAUGACACAGAUGAUAUAGAUGGUAUAAUAAUGAUAUAUGAUAUGGUAUAUGAAUGAUGUAUGGACAUGAAUAUGUAUUUCGCAGCACUGUUGAUCAUGAAUAUGAAUAUGAGCAAUAAAAUGACACUUGAAAGCCACAAA